ACGGCCAGGCACCAGACCAUCUGCGGCCCUGACCCAGGCUCCUGUCCUGCAUUCUGGUGACCUGCUGGCUCCCCGAGGGCCAGGACAUGCCCCAGAUGGGUCAAGGCUGAAUCAGCCGGGCUGGCAGGGUCCCUGGGAGCCCAGGCCUGGCCACCGCCCAUCCAGGAAAGGAAGGGUGGGUGGCGGCGGUGCUGCGGGAGCUGGGGCCUCCUGGCAUCUUGGGAACCCCGUCUUUGAGCCCCGCCCGAGGCCCCGCCCCUCCCCAGGAGGAAAAAGGCAGCUACCAGAGGCUCGGCUCACACGCGUGGGGACCAGGACAGGAGGACAGCUCGCCGCCAUCUCCGCUCCAGGCAGGGCCAUGGACCCCCAUGAGAUGUUCGUCAAGAACCCAUAUGCCCACAUAAGCAUCCCGAGGGCUCACCUGCGGCCUGAGCUGGGGCAGCAGCUGAAGGCGAGCCCGUCCUCUGCAGAGUCGCAGCCUCUGCCUGUGCCGUCCUGCACCCUGGAGCCUCCAGAGGAGGGCGCCAAGGGGGCUGCCUCCAUUUGGGGCCAGCCGGCCUGUGAGCAGCCCUGCAGGCCCUGUGGCAGCGGGCAGCGCCCAGCAGGACUGGCCUACGCCGGCCCGCCGCCCGUCGGGCGCGGCGACGACAUUGCCCAUCACUGCUGCUGCUGCCCCUGCUGCUCCUGCUGCCACUGCCCCCGCUUCUGCCGCUGCCGCAGCUGCUGCUGCGUGGUCUCCUAGCCCGGCCCCCCCGGCCCCGAGGCCUGGCGCUGCCCGCGGGCCUCUGCUCAGGCGGCCACGGCAAGGGCCUGGACAGUUGGGACCGCCACUGUGAUGCUGUCACGGGCACUGGCCACGCCCCUCCCUAGACAGCUGCACCUCACCCACUGGGAAGGCUGACAGGUCAGCCCAGGCCCCCGGAACGGAGCCCUGGGCACUGCCCGUGCUGGGGACACCUUGACUGUCUCUUUGAGGCCCAGGCCCAAGCAAUAAAGCCAUGCGAGCUCUGUCCUGGA